AUUUCUGUUCAUUACGCACAUGUUCACUGUUACUGAGGGGUGCGUUGAAAAUCUCUCAAUUGAUCUUGACUGUCAAAUUUUUACCAGAUACACUGAAAUAUGUCAGAACAGAUGGAGACACAAGUACCAGUACCGGUGAAUGGAGACGUUGGGCAGGGAGAUGGGCACGCAGAUAAGAAGGUCAAAACAGAGGAUAUGACCUCAAAAGACUACUACUUUGAUUCUUACGCACAUUUCGGCAUCCAUGAGGAAAUGUUAAAGGAUGAGGUUAGGACUUUGACGUAUCGUAACGCCAUGUAUCACAACAGACACCUGUUCAAAGGGAAGACGGUGCUUGACAUCGGCUGUGGGACCGGGAUACUCUGUAUGUUUGCUGCCAAAGCCGGCGCUGCCAAAGUCAUUGGGAUUGAAUGCUCAAGUAUAGUUGACCAUGCAGACAAAAUCAUCAAAGCGAAUAAGUUGGAUCAUGUGAUUGAGAUUGUGAGGGGUAAAGUUGAAGAGGUCACUCUGCCGGUAGAGAAGGUCGAUAUCAUCAUCAGCGAGUGGAUGGGCUACUGUCUCUUCUACGAAUCCAUGCUCAACACCGUUCUCUUUGCAAGAGAUAAAUGGCUCAGUAAAGAUGACGGUCUGAUCUUCCCAGACAGAGCUACGUUACAUGUCACGGCUAUCGAGGACAGGCAGUACAAAGAUGAGAAAAUCAAUUGGUGGGACAAUGUAUAUGGAUUUGAUAUGAGCUGCAUCCGGGAUAUCGCCAUCUCAGAACCUCUGGUAGAUGUCGUCGAUCCCAAACAACUGGUCACCAACUCGUUUCUAAUCAAGGAGAUCAGUAUGUAUACGGUGAAGGUGGAGGAUCUGACGUUCCAGGCUCCGUUCCAGCUCAUCGUUCACAGAAAUGAUUACAUCCAGGCGUUAGUGACGUACUUCAAUAUAGACUUCACUAUGUGCCACAAGAGGACUGGCUUCUCAACUUCACCUGACUCCCACUACACACAUUGGAAACAGACCGUGUUCUACCUGGAUGACUACAUCACUGCUAAGAGAGGUGAAGAGCUCUACGGAACGUUCUCCAUGAAACCCAACGCAAAGAACAAUCGAGACUUGGACUUUGAGAUUGGCAUGGAGUUUUCCGGGGAGCUCUCAAACAUCAAAUCAAAUUUCACGUAUCACAUGCGAUAGAUGACGCCCCUCGUGAACCCAUAGGGAUACAGGUCAAUCUGCUGUUGCUCAUCAAAUUGGGAACGUUCAUUCAAAUUGGCAACAUUCAUUCACACUGGCAACACUCGGUUGCUCAUUUAUUUUCACAAUUUAAAGAUAUCAAUAUGGGUAUGACAUCGGUUAAAAUUAACCUCAAUAGCAUAAUAUUAUCCAAAACAGUUGUCAAUUUGCAUUUUUAAACAGUGCUUUUGCUGAUUUAAUCGCAUUGCCAAUUUAGUGUGUAAUGAUUACCGUAAGUCAACCAGCUUUUAUUCUGGAACAGCACAACAUAUAGAGGGGUUACCACAUGGGAUCACAAGCAGCCAUGUUGGAUUACAUAACAAUGAGAAACCUUUGCAUUUGACCAUUAAAAAAAAAAACAAUGAUUGACCGUGGUUUGAUGCACAGGUUGUUAUUGUUUAUCCUCCAUAGGGAUCCAUAUUGCACUGCAAGUGGUGUAAAAAUAUUCAGUACAUUAUUUUCUAUGAAUUCUUAUAUCCGACAUGAAUUAAAUCCUAGUAGAGUGAUUCAUACAGCUUCAUGUGACCAAACAUAUUCCAGCUAUGCUGUUGAAACAAAACGCCCACUAAAGAAAAUUGCUAUUCCGUGAUGUCAAUGUUGGAAUAGUGCACUAGUCCAUAUUCGACCUCACUCACAGAUCAUGCAAUAUCUUGGACGCACUGGUCAGUGAGGUGUCUCUACUGGGCAAGUCUCGUGAAGGGACAGCGCAGGCACUAAUCCGUGUUUCGCUGGGCGCGUAGCUUCAGGAAAAGUAGGUCACUCAACGCAGCGUGUUAUCUAUAUUUUGGUUCAGAUUUUAAAAAGAUGAAAUGUCAGUACGAGAACUAGAUAUUCAAAACCAUUGUUCUAGCUUAUUAAAAGUAGGUUAUAAAACAAAUAUACCAGGCCUUAAUUUUGAAAGUAUAAAGGGAAUUAUUCAUCCCCGGUUGAACCGGCAAUGUUACUACAUGUAUUUUCCCCUCAGGUAAAAUAGUAAUGCUAGUACAACCUCUGACAAAUAAUUUUGGCUAUACUUAAAGCCUGGUAUAUUUGUAUAAUAGCACAGAAUAGGGUUAUGCCAUUCCUGGCAUUCACGUUUAAGGGAAAUUUCGAAAGUGCCUCCUUACGGAAGCACCACCAGUAUACUACAAUGCACAGAUGUGAGUGCAUCUGUAGUAGGUUUUGUGAGCAUAAGGUAACUAUGGAACUGUUAAACCCAUUAGGUGCAGCCGAGUGGGUUCAGACAAGCUUCCAUAGUUACUGCAUGCUCACUCGUCCCACUGAUGCACGAACAUACCUGUGUAUCAUUUGUUUUAUAGAAUGGUGGCAUUUUUGGGCUAAAAAUCAAGUUUUUUACAACCAUGCAUAAGUAAUUACUGAUGCAUGGCAAGCCAUGCAUCCGGUAAAUAUGCCAUACAUUGGUAAUUACCGGAUGCAUGGCUUGCCAUGCGUCGGUAAUUACUUUUGCAUGAUACCCAUUAUUUUAUAUGGGUUAACUCGAGAUUCCAUGCCUCGCUGGAGCCGAUUUUUCUCCAUUAUGAGAAAAGACCACCUUGAAGUAAAGCUUAUGUUUGAUAUAUCUUUAAUAUGAGUAGAAAAUAAAUAUCAGUGAAAAUCAAUUUAUGAGCUAAUUCCAAUCACAAUUUAUGAAGUAAAAAAUUGUAAAGUGGCAGUUGAGGACACAUGAAUUAGUAACAUGGGCAAAUUGUCAGUGUGCUAUUAAAACCUUGUAUCUUAGAAUUUUGAACAUUAUGAGGACAGCACAGAAAGAGGCGUAUCUCUUGAGUAUUAUAACAAUGUUGGCAACCUUAUGUUGUCUAAACAUAGUUUCCUUAUUUUUGUGUCAAAGAAUUGGUACCAUUUUGUCAUAUCUCUAGAAAUGGAGCUUACCAGUAUUCUGCCAUCAAAUAUUUUGCUAACUUCAUUUUUCAGUUCCACUCAAUGCUCCGCAGCGUCUAUUCAAUUAAACAAAAAUCAGAGACUUCAGAGACUUCACUGUAACCAGGGUCCCGUAACACAAAGGUUAGCGAUUAAUCGUAUGCUUGAUUUUCAUGAUUGAUUGUACAUUGUAGUCAAUGGAAUCAAUUGUAGAGAUAUUCUUCAACAAUGAUUGCUCAGCCUUUUUGUUAUGGGCGCAAGGGUGUCUUUAUUCAUUUCACAAAAUAACGUUUGUGAGGCUUGCAUGAGAAAUUUCAUUCUUUUUUGGCAUAAAUUUGACUUGUACGGCCUGCCCCCUUAUGAACAUGUUUGUAAAUCUGUCAUCUUUUUUUAAUCAUGGUGAGCUGAAAAAUGUCUUUUUACUGAUUUUUGUACUUUUUAUGUUUUAUUGAAGAAAUUUGAAAUUUUGGUGGAAUUCUGACUAUUAUGGUACGUUUUGUGUAUCUUUUCAGGGUAAAUAUUAAAUUGUCCGUAUUUAAAUACAGGUUCCUAUGAAGACCUCAAAAUACACAGAAUGUAAUUUAUGUAUACAUCAGGCACAGAAUAAUUAACAAAAUAGAAAAUUAUUUCAUUUUUUCCAACAAAAUGUUAUGUAUGUAUAUUAAGAUAAAAAGGUGUGACCACCAUUUUCUGUAUUCUUCAACAAUAACUCUUUUAUAGUUCUACUGGACUCCUAACCUAACUGAUCCUCUUUCGUAAACAUAUUUUUUAUUGUUCAAAUUAGAGGAUACAUGGGCAAUGUCUGUAUCUCUUGGUCAGUCUAAUGGCAGGUUUCGAGGGAAGGGGUAAAUAUCAAACGGUCAUUUUAGGUCUCAUCACACCUUAUUGAUUGACACCUCUCGUAUUUGACUGAUUUGUUUAAAAAAAAGAAUUACAGCUUUUUCAAUCAGCCCCUUUUGAUAAAAGCCAGAAAGUGCAAAUACAAAUAAUGAUUAGAAUAAUACUUCACUAUUAAAGGCAAGCCUUUUUUCCCAAUGUUUGUUCUAAACAUCAAUUUCUCAAUAAUUUUUGGACACCUGUUCACAUGAUUCUAGAUGUGUUAUUCCUAUGACAAGCAGUUAUUUUUGUCAAUUUUCUUCAUUAAUAUCUAUAUCUGUCUAUGGUUGAUACACCCUAAAUGUGUAUGAUGUUCCAUGCCACACACGUGGCUUGCCAUAAUUAAGUGUGAAUACGUUCCUUUCAACCCCCCCCCUUCUCUCUUAUCCGCCUAUAUUUUACCUGUCUGCAGUGUGAUAUAUUAACAUGCAUUUUAAUGGACCACUUUAUUUAAGGCCUCUUCUGUAAAUCUUAACAUGCGACUAUCUCUGAUAUAAUCAGAACCAUUCAUUUAGAUGAUAUGUUGGGCAAACCUCUGGCAAGCAUUAGGGUUGUGAUUUGAAUUCAAUGUAGUAGAAGCUUGCCAGGGCUCUUAUCAAAUGUGGAGUAUUUCAUGAAGCAAGUUGUCAUUGAUUUUCUUUGACUGAUUUGCUCUUAGCCAAUCGGGUGCAAGCAUUUCAGUAGCUUAUAACAGUUUUUAUUGGAAAUAAUGACCAUUUGUUUCAUGAAAUACUCCCCUGAUAAUGUAGGGGAGAAAGAGCUUUUGUACAUGUAUAUUAUGUGAAGCAGUUGACAAUCUGCGAAACUGUAACUCGCUGUUUGCUGCCCUCUAUUGGCUUCUUAUGGUGUAAUUAAGUAUGUAGCAGCACUACGGCAAGAUUUCUUUGUAAAGUUGCAUUACUGUAUAGAUGGUAUUUAAAGUCAUUUGUACGUUAUCUCAACAA